CAUUCUGUUACCAUAGUAACGUCUACAAAUAGACAGACAAUACGAAGUCAGAGUAGUUGAUCAUGUACAAGUUAGACUUACCUUUGGACACUCGUGAGUCUUUCGCGAUCGAAAGACGCAAGAACAUGGAGAGAAAUAGGCAAGCUCGGAUUUUCAAUGCUAAAGAGAGAACCAUUGGUGUUGAUAUCAAAGAGUUAGACAAACAGGUAAAUGAAAAGAAAGAAAGGAAAAACCUUGAAAAAGAGCACUCUGCAGCCUUUGGUGAGGAGAUGAUACGUAAUUCUAAGGUAGCUGAAAUUUUACAAGAACGGAAGGAAAAGGAGGCAAAAGAAAUCAAUGCUUCAUUAGUGGAGUAUUGGCAAGAGAAUCAAAGACCACAGGAUAGACGAGAAUAUGAUUUGAAUGAUCAUGACAGCAAACUGAAAGAUCUUCCUGCAAGAGUUUCAGAUAGUGAUCCAAGAAAUACUGUUUCAGGAAUGCAGACUUUUUCAGGUGAAGAUCUUGAUCAUCAGAAAAGAAAAGGUCUCCAACAUGAACAAAUGAGGGAUUGGUUAAGUCAACAAAUGGAAGAAAAGAGACGUCUUUCUAUGGAGAAAAAGAAAGCAGAUCACUUGUAUGACGUGAAGGCUAUCGAAAUUGAUGAAAGAGCUCAGGAAUUACUUAAAGCUGAUGAAAUUACUCGUAGAACUUUGAAUGUUGCUAUAAAGGAAUACAAUCAAGCCCUAGCCAAAGAAAGAGAAGCUCAUAAACAACAGAGUUUGAUUCAAGAAAUUGAUGAUAAUUUUACUGAAAUUAGGAACAAUGUUAGUGGUGAUAUCUUAACUGAAAAUCCUUCAGUUGCCCAAAGUGCCCUUGGGCAACAAAGAGUUAUUCCUGAUAGAUGGAAAGGAAUGAGCCAGAGUGACAUGGAUAAAGUGCGGCAGACACAGGCUGAACAAAGGGAAGAGAAAAAACAUAUUAAAAUGGAAGAGAAAAGGUUAGAAGAGGAAUGGGACAGAAGGCGAGUGGCUGAAGCCAAAGCUGGACUUGUCCUAGAAGCACAAGAAAGGCAAGCAAGAAAACAAUUGGCUGAAGAACAUGCAGAGCAAAACAAACUCCUGGCAGCAGAACAACGAGCCAAGCAAGAUAUCAUCAACCAAGAGGUUUAUGUUAACACCCUCAGUGACAAUUAUUUUACUCAGUUCGGGACAUCUAGUCGUUGAUAGAAGAACUACUUUUGAUGUAAACUACAGCACAUUACUUUAGUGAACUCAAUUUGUCAAAGGCAUAAACGUUUUAAGUAGACGAUUGGCACAAUAACAUUAUUAAAAAGUUUCAUAAAAGAACCAUUCAAAAAUCACUUCAAAA